AUGUUCAUGAAUUGCAAUUUCAACAGCAACCUUUUGGAGAACGAAGCUGGAAGGAUAAGUUUUCCAUGGGCCAGGCCAUGCGAUGGAUGCCAUGCAGCACCAAGCGCAGUAUACUGCUGUGCUGAUGCUGCAUAUCUCUGUGCAUCUUGUGACACACAGGUUCAUUCUGCUAACCGUGUGGCAUCACGCCAUGAGCGUGUGCGUGUCUGCGAAACCUGUGAGAGUGCACCAGCGGUGCUGGCAUGCCAUGCAGAUGCAGCAGCACUAUGUACCGCCUGUGAUGCACAGGUGCACUCUGCCAACCCAAUUGCUCAGAGGCACCAACGAGUGCCUGUGCUGCCACUCCCAGCUGUUGCCAUUCCAGCUGCCUCUGGCUUCGCGGAGGCAGAAGCUUCUGUCACUGCCCAUGGCGAUAAGGAAGAGGGAGAGGAAGUGGACUCUUGGCGCCUCAGAAGAAAUUCUGAUGACAACAAUUGUGCCAACAAGAUAGAUCGAUACUACAACCUUGUCGGAUACAAUAUGUAUUACAACAACAUCACUUGUGACCCAAGACCAGAAGAACAAUACAGAAUGCAAGAACAGCGUGUGCAGAACAGGUACAUCGAGAAGCAAGGGUGUGAGUGUGUAGUACCUCCACAAGUCGUCAUGGCAAGUGAGCAGCAAGAGAGCGAUUAUGGAACUAGAGGAGCAGGGCAGGCUGCCUCCGUUACCGCUAUCACCAGUACCUACACAGCUUCCAUCAGCAAUGACAUAUCUUUCUCAUCAAUGGAGGUGGGUAUAAUACCAGACAACACCAGACCAGAUAUCUCAAACAGCAACAUCCUGACUGGCAGUGAAGCCAUGGAGCUCUCAGGCCAUUCACUUCAGAUGCCAGUGCACUUCAGCUCCAUGGACAGAGAGGCCAGGGUCCUCAGGUACAAGGAGAAGAAGCAGACAAGGAAGUUUCAGAAAACCAUAAGGUUCACACACAAUUUCAAUAACGGUUUACGACAUCAGUUUCGAAACAUGCAAAGGCACCAGAAUGAGAUUUCUUGGCUAGUGCAGUAUGGAUUAUUAAAUCCUUCUCUGAGAAAGGGGCGUAGUUGCACUACACUCCCUUGCUAUGUCAAGUAA